GUUAUAUAUAUUAAAUAUAAGAACUAAAAACACAAUACGCGUCCAUUCUAGAGUUUGACUGUAGAGGAUAACGUUGAUUGCUACUGUGGAGUGUACAAUUUUAUAACAUAUCUUAGAAGUGUGCACAUAGCUUAUAAAAACAUCUUCGCAUAGACAUAGUAGUUUUUUUUACCGUUGCCGAAAUUUCGAAUAUUUGACAUAAAUAUUUUAUUAGAAAUUGUCAUUUGAGAAAUUUUAGAAAAUUUAGAAAUUUUAGAACUGCACGAAUAAAAGUGAGUAGAUAAUCAUGUCAGGAAGCAAUAAUUCACUUGAAAAAACAAUUGAAAAGGAAUUUGUUUCCCCGGAAGAAGAGGUUACAAAUGAGAUAACUGCGGAGGCAUUUUGGAUUCAGAACAUUGAAAAAGCAGCUAGACAAGAAGAGCAGAGCAUGGACAAUGGUGAAUAUAAUUUAGUUAAAACAUGUGAAAUCAUAAGCAAGGAAAAAGAGAAAAAUGAAUCAGGUAUCGAUAAAAGUUCCACAAAUAUCGCUGAAAACGAAUGCAUGCCUAGCUCUUCGCAGCAAAUCGAAAAUAAAACUCAUAUUGCCGGCAUUUAUAAAAAUGAUCUUCUUAAAAUGGUGUAUCUUAUGAGAAAAUAUAAAUUGUCGCGAACUUUACAAGCGCUCUCAAAUGAAUUAAAUGUUAGUGUAGAUGAAUUAAAAUUUGCGGAUGAGCUUUUUAUAGUCAACAAAGCUAUUCCGAAGUUUAUGUUAGAGGAUCCUAAACCUCUUAACACUGCAUAUGACACGCUAUUGCGCUAUAUUGACAGCAGAAUUCCUGAUCAAAAAAAAAUCCUCGCAGAGUUAAUUGUUCCCGUUUUUUUCGUUAUUUUUUACAAGUUAAUGCUUCAUGGAUAUACAAGUUUUGCAACUGAUAUGUACAAAACAUAUGCAAAGAUUUUAGGAUCAGACGGUGCUCAGUUAACAGGUGUUGAAUGCUUCAAAGAUUUAGAAAAGAUUGAAUACUUCUUGAAUCUCAGUACAUUUGGGUAUAAUAUGAUCAUAACUUUUCCAUUGUUGGGGCAAUUUAAAGGUCAUCUUAAAUGCAACAGAAUUAUUAAUUUAAUCGUAUCUAAAUACAUAAAUUUUAAUGUGUUAGAGGUACCAUUUCCAGAGAUAAAACCCCACGGUGAAGAAUCAAUAAAAUCUGUGAACUCUCAAUUCCUUUUUCUUGAAGUAUAUGAAGGAUGUUUCUAUGGAGCACACAAAAUAAAUUCAAAUAUUUCAACUUCCAGAGAUGGAUCCACUGGUCAUCGGGUUGUUCCAAUGCCAAAACCUGGUUCAUUCAUAACAACAGAAGAUAAUCAGAGCCUCCAUCAAAGAUAUUGGCACGAAUUCAUCAACAGGAAAGUGCUCAGUGACAAAACUUUUCCUAAUAUCAGAGUGCUCAAUAUAAAGUUUCCUAAGUACAUGGUAAAUUGUGCCUCAUUCUCAAAUGAUGCUAACGUUUUAGCGUUUGGAAUUGGAAGAGACAUUGUUGUAAUAGAAGAAUUUGAAAAUGACAAAGAAAAUCCAAUUUCAAGUCCAGAAGUAUGUGAAUUGGGACGUUGCAAGAAGACACUGUUGAGAGGCCACACUGCAACUAUUCAUUAUAUUAAAUUUGCUCCAUUUAAUGAGUACAUAUUAUCCUGCGGAAAUGAUUCGACAGUGCGUUUGUGGUCAGUUAAACGUUGGGUAUGUUUAAGAACAUAUAGCGGCCAUAUGGGCCCGAUUUGGCAGGUUCAAUUCGCUCCACUAUACAAAUUUAUAGCAUCGUGUGGUUACGACAGAAGAAUUUAUAUGUGGCCAUUAAAUGAUAGUAAGAAUUCGCAGCAAAUACUUACAUAUCACACAUCGGAUAUUAAUUCAAUCGAUAUACAUUCGAAUUGUAACUACCUUGCCAGCGCCAGUAGUGAUGCCCUAGUAAUUAUUUGGAAUGUAGUAACCGGGGAGAAAGUUCGUAUAUUUAAAGGCCACAAAGCAGCAGUGUUACAAAUAAAAUUUUCUACUUGUGGCAGAUACUUGAUUUCCAGUGGAAAAGAUCAUGAAACUAUGAUAUGGGACAUAAUGGAUGCUGUGCUUGUGGCAGUUUUGCGUUUACACGUCGACGACAUAGUAUCUAUUAAUAUUACUCAUGACAAUGAACAACUGAUCCUCAUGAGUUAUGACAAAAGUUUAUCGUUUUGGAUGUUUUCUUCCAUAAUCGCCGAUUAUAAUAAAAAAUCCGAACCUAUGUUUUCACAGCACUUUUCAUUAUCUGAAAAAUGUGAGUAUUGGCCACAAUGGCAGAAGAAAUACCUUAUAUAUCACAUAAAAAAUCAAACAAAUAUUGCGGUUUCGGGAAUGAUUACAUAUGGAAACGUGUUUCAUAUCGCCUGUAUGGUAACUAAAUAAUCAUCGUUUUAAUAUGGCCUUUCAAAAUUUUUAAAAACCUUGUGUAUUCACAAAUAAUAAUUGAUUGAUAAACUAAAAUCAUUAUUCAAAUAUCAUUAACAAUUAUGUUUAUUUUAACUUAUGUUCAUUGUUGCAAUUUCCAGUGAUUUAAGAAAAAAAUCCGGUUUAUG